AUGACGCCCAUCUUCUACGAGUUUGAUCCGGAGCUGCCGCCGGGCCUGCCCUUCAAUGACCGAUCCGGUUGGGAAGAGUUUCACAACCUCCGACGAAAGAUUUUUCAAUCAGCCGAGAUUAGUCAGUACUUUCAGGAAGUUCUCGGCUAUCGGUACUACCCAAAGGGCUGCCGUUUUCCGGGAACGCCUCUGCUGACUGUUUACGCGACGCCUGAAGAACUUAAUUAUCCGGCUAUCAAAAGUCGACCAGACUGGUUCAACCUUGAGGUCUUUCAAGAGCAAACUCUCAACAAAACUCCCGUAGUUCCUCUUGAAAAACUUGUUCCAACGGAUUUUUUGGCUGAAGACCUAGGUGGGCGUUUUAGCGGUAAACUGGUCUACGUCUCUCUGGGCAGCAUGGGCAGCGUCAAUUUGGUGCUGAUGCGACGCCUAAUUUCCGUCCUAGGCAAAACGCCGCACAAGUACAUCGUCUCAAAGGGACACCUGCACGAGCACCUCAAACUGGAGCAAAAUAUGACCGGUGGGCGGUACCUGCCGCAGGUGGAGCUUCUCGGUCACGUCGACCUGGUGAUCACACACGGGGGAAACAACACUGUCACCGAAACUUGGGCGCAGGGAAAACCGAUGAUUGUUCUGCCGCUGUUUGCGGAUCAAUUCGACAAUGCGCAACGGAUUAGUGAGACAGGUUAUGGAAUUCGGCUGGACACCUACGGUUUCACUGAUGAGGAGCUGAUUGGGGCGGUGGAUCGACUGUUAACUGAUAAAAAAGUGCAAGAUAAAAUGAAAACGGCCGGACAGCGGAUGCUCAACAGUGGAAGUAAACAUGAACUGCUCGCCGACAAG